GAGUGGUACCCAAAUCAUGGUUAACAUUGUCACCCCCCACGUCAACACCCUCCUCAUUUCUGUACCUUUGUUAUGUACUUCAAAUCUCUCUUCUAUAACUUCCACCAUCACUUUGCUCAUCAAUAACUCUAACACAAACCUUAAAACUUCCCUUCUUCUCUGCAUCAUAUCCAAUUCCACCUUCAGAAACCGCCCCAUAUCCUUAAAGCUGUUCCAAUCCUCUAAAGCCACCGCCUUUGGAUCAUUUUCCCCAUAAUCGGUUACCCUCAUGGAGAAGGAGCCUCUGCUCCAAUAUUUCAGCCCUCGAAAGAAGCCUCCACCAUUGCCACCACUAUGCUCCUUGCCAGAAAACGAUGAAAUCGUUCUUCCAAUGACCCCUUUGGAAUUCAAGGACCGUCUCAUCUUUGGUCCUGCUGCUCCUUCCCCUAGGGACCCUUCACCCUUGUCUGAUGCCUUAACACUUCCCCAUCAUUCCCCAAAAUGUUCCUCUUCCUCCUCCUCCUCACAGGACUAUGCAGCACAAGUGUUUGAUCAACAGCAACUUUCUUCUUGGCUCCUUGACCCCAAUUAUUCAUUUAAAAAAACUAACCUUCAUCGCUCCAAAACAGCACCAGCCAUGGCUGUGAUCAGCGAUUUCAAUCCCCAAUCGGCUGUGUCAAGACCCAAAUUCGGUAGCCAGAGUAUUGUGCGCCAGGGUGUUGUUCUUCUUGUUCUUUAUUUGGCAUUAGGGGUUGUCAUUUAUUGGUUCAAUAGGCAUAAUUUUACGGCUACUGAGACUCAUCCUAUAGUUGAUGCAUUGUAUUUUUGUAUAGUCACAAUGUGCACGAUAGGGUAUGGUGACAUCACACCUAAUAGUACAGCCACUAAGCUUUUCUCUAUAUUGUUUGUGUUGGUGGGGUUUGGAUUUAUAGACAUAUUGUUGAGUGGGAUGGUUAGCUAUGUGCUUGAUUUGCAGGAGAGUCACAUGCUGAGGGCAGUGAAGGGGAGAGGUGAGAAGGAUGGGAGGUCUUAUAUAAUUGACGUGAAGAAAGGGAGGAUGAGGAUUCGGUUGAAGGUGGCGCUGGCUUUGGGGGUUGUGGUGCUUUGUAUAGGAAUAGGUGUUGGGGUUAUGCAUUUUGUGGAGAGGCUUGGAUGGUUGGAUUCCUUUUAUCUUUCGGUUAUGUCAGUUACGACAGUUGGGUAUGGAGACCAUGCUUUCAAGACCAUGCACGGCCGGAUCUUUGCUGCGAUUUGGUUGCUUGUGUCAACACUUGCGGUGGCUCGAGCGUUUCUCUAUUUGGCUGAGGCAAGAGUAGAUAAACGGCAUAGGAUGAUGGCAAAGUGGAUUCUUGGUCAGGAUAUGACUGUUGCUGAGUUCCUUGCUGCAGACAUUGACAACAAUGGCUUUGUAAGUAAAUCAGAAUACGUUAUAUACAAGCUUAAGGAGAUGGGAAAAGUAUCUGAGAAGGACAUCAUGCAGGUUAGUGAGAAGUUUGAUAGACUAGAUGCUGGCAACUGUGGAAAAAUAACACUAGCUGAUCUUAUGGAGAAUCAUAAUUGAUGAGCUCUCUGUGGCUAUUCAAGAGGCAAGGGAAUUCUAUUUCUACACUGUUGUCCCUUAGAGAAGGGAGUACAAGAUUCUAAAGUCGUAUGCUGGGUAGUGGUGGAUCACAGUUGAUGGCAACUUUCUCAUUUGGGGAUUGGAGGGAUAUCAGAUUCUCAAGAUGCAAGCUGGUGAUUCCCCACUACCCUUAUGUCAUGUUCAUUAACUAAUCACGGCAUAACCUGUAUACUGGUGAAUUUCUGAGUUCUUUUGCCUGAAUUUCACAAAUUAUUUAGAGGAUGGUAAGGUACUAACCUUUCCGAAAUUCGGGUAUAUCCAAUCACAAAUUGUCAGAUUGACGAGAUGGAUUGUGAUAAUGGAGGGGACAAUUUUGAUUGGUUAAAUAAUAAAUUUGUACAUAUUCUUUCUUGAAAUGAAUUUCAUUGAUUCUUUAGCAUCUUA